GACAGUGUCAAUCAAUCAAUGUGUGUAUGAACAGGUGAGGACACCAUGACAGGUGAUGGAGGAGAGUACCUGAGAGCAGAGGACCUGAGAGAGCUUGGUGAUGACUCUUUACCUGGACACUACCUGGAUGGCAUGAGCUACAUCCACAACCUAGACCGGUCCCAUGAGACCCCCAGUCACCUUGCUUACAGGGGUGAAGGAAUGCUGAUUGAGGAUAUGAUCACCAGCCACCAGAUUAAUAAGGUAUCUGCAUUCUCUCGAGAGCAUGAGAAGGACUCAUUUCGACUGAGCUGGGGUGCUGAACAUCUGGAUAAUGUG